AUGUCUUCCAGAUCCCUCACAAGCACAGCAGCUCAUCGCCUCGCGCAGAGCACCCUCAAACCAGCCUCGCUCGCCCAGGGCUCCUCCCGCCUCGCCUCGACUACCGCCCACCCCUCGCGGCCAGCCAAGCCACUCUUCUGCCCUGCCCGCCCGGCCCGCCUGGCACGCUUCCCCACCACCCUCCCAACACGCACCUUCUCGAGCACCGCCGCACGUGCCUCCUCGUCCAAGCCCGAAUCGGUCCGCGACCUCGAACCCGACAAUGGCCUCUACUACCACCCCACCACCAUCAACGUCUCCGACGGUCAAACCCAGACACAGACAAACACCUGGGCACUCUCCUACCUCCGCCAGCCCCCAUCCUCGCCCGAGAGCAAGGCAAUCGUCGCAUUCCUGUUGCCCCCCAAGCACUCGCCCAAGAUCAACCUCCACGCAGAGGACCCGGCCACCUACAUCCGCGACAACCCGGACCGCAUCAGCGUCAACCCCGACUUUAUGCGACUCCUCCACGACACGCUCAAACACGACGCCGUGCCCACAGACGACCUGCUCGACUUUGAGGCAUCGACGCGCAAGAGCGGCUGGGCCCACCUCACCGACCUGCGACACCCGCUCAACCCUGGGCGGAUCGCCACGCCCGAGUCCAUCAUUGCAUCCGUCGCCUUUGUCGACGGCCAGCUCCAGAUCGACAGCUACGAGGCAAACGCUUCCUACCGCCUCGUGACCGGCUACGAAGGGCCGAUGCACCUCCGACCCAACUGGCAGGAGCUCAUCAGGCAAAAGGUGCGCGAUCUCAACUGA